UGCAAUAAUACCAACCAAUGGAAACACGUCUCGAACAGCAGUCUCUUACCGCUACACACCCACAAUACUUUUGUGUCAACCACUUCGCGGGAGUUGUCACAACAGCAGCGGUCGUCUCUUUAAAAAACUAGAGAAACAACUAAACGGGAGAAUAGGCAACCAUGACUGAAAGAAAGGCAGUGAUCAAAAAUGCCGACAUGUCGGAGGACAUGCAGCAGGACGCCGUGGAGUGUGCCACACAGGCCCUGGAGAAGUACAACAUCGAGAAAGAUAUCGCUGCAUUCAUCAAAAAGGAGUUUGACAAGAAAUACAACCCAACCUGGCACUGCAUUGUCGGGAGGAACUUUGGCAGUUACGUGACUCACGAGACCAAGCAUUUCAUCUACUUCUACUUGGGUCAGGUGGCCAUUCUGCUGUUCAAAUCCGGCUGAGGGAAGGCAUUUCCUCCACACCAGCUGACCAUACGUACAGUACUGACUGACUCGACAAAGGCACUUAUCAUUCCUUGGCAAAGGGCCGCUGCCUUUUUCUGUGCUGCUUUCUACUUUGUUCUGUUUUUGAGGAUAUAAAAAAAACAAAAAAAAACGUGGCCAUGUUAAAGAGAUGAAACACUUGUAUUUAUUUUUGUCUUGUUACAUUAGACAUGUCAUUUUUUUAAUUAAAGCGUAGCUGUUAAGCUGUCUGGGUCCAA